AUGCAACCGUUCACGAGGUCGCACGCGCCGCCGUCUCCCCGGACGCGCUUCUUUCCUUGGGGAAAGUUUGUCAUCGACGACGUGAUCACCGCCGGGCCCAGCGCCGACACAGAGGCGUUGGGCAAGGCGCAGGGCAUCAUGACCUCCGCCAACGUGGCGAAUGUAAAGAUGGCGAUGAGCUACAACGUCGUCUUCACGUCGGGGGAGUACAACGGGAGCAGCCUCAGCGUCGCUGGCCGGAACGAGGUGGCGGAAGAGCGGCGCCGGCUGGCCGUCGUUGGGGGUACGGGGGUUUUCCGGUUCGCGCGAGGCUACGCAGUCCUCGGCACUUACUCGACCGCCGUCGGGAAGGAUUCGAGCCUCUAUACCGUUAUGGAAUACACAAUCUACUCCACCUUUUGUCCCUAA